GUUUAAAAGGCUUCGUUUGUAUGUAUCUCGCCUUUAAAAAUUAACCUUUAAGUAUGAAUUAUGCCCUUUUCGAACGAAGUACGACCAUCAUCCUAGUCAAAGUAUUUACGUUUAGCUCACUAAUUUAAAUUGUCAAACAAAUUACGAUGGAGAGAUUUUUUAAAGUGAUAUAUCAUCGGGGGAAGGAAGGGGCCCGCCACCGGAUUCUCGUACCCGUUAACGCCUCUGCCCCCUACACAAACGAUAUUAGCACGUUUAUGGAGGAUUCAGCCGAUUACACGCCAGAUUUUGACGGAGGAUUUCACCCAUCCGCCAGCGUUUUUGCAGUGACCAAGAGGCCAUCCCCGAUACCGGAAGACUUUUACAAUCGCAUUCGAGAGCAUGAGAACUCUUUCUACCAAAAUGUCUUCAACGUUUCGCUAGUGCUCGUGUUUCUACUGCAAAUCCUCCUCGUCUGGCUAUUCUUCGUUCGGAGGAGGCAGCAACGCGAGGAUAAUGCAGAGUUAGAGGCAGCCGUGCAUUUUCAAGCUGGAGGUGUUUUUGACCCCGUUCUUGGGGUUGUGGUUCCUGCCGGAAAUUUAACUGCACCGGCCCCACCGGGAUAAAAUUUGUGAAUGAGAGGCUCAAGAUUUUUUUAUUGAUUAAGUUUUUACGAAAGGUGUUGGACAAGCGUACGCAAUUACAAGUACUUUUUAACCAAUAGACUACGCUAUGUUUGACUUGUCCGAUUUUUAUUUUAUGUUACGACUCCAAGAAUGUUAUGUUUAAUAUUUAUUGCGAAUAACGAAGUGCCAAUAACGACUAAAGAUAUCCUAAAUGUCAAAUCAAUCGGAUAUUUCGCGAAAUAUAUAAGUUUAAAAAUAAAUAAUUUAUGUUAUAAUUAUUAUAACAUAAUACUGGGGAAGCAUAACCUCCAUCAUCCCGCGCUCGUAUCCUUCCCAUACUAUUAGCAUGGUAGGGAUACGAACGCGGGAGCCAAAUUUUGAUGGAAGUUAUGCUUCCCCUACUAUAAUGAAAGAUGUCUUUUGACCAAAGUACUUUAACCAACUGUUUUUAUGUACGUUUCAAUCAACUCAUUCAUAUAAAAUGCUGAUCUUAAGUCCUCACCUUUCCGUCAAUGUGCGAAUGUGUGUAUACACAUCAUCAUUUUAAAAAUCGAUUAUGAUUAAAUAUUACAAUAUUUAAUAGCAUGGUAAAAACCCUUAAUAUCAAAGCAUAUUUAUGCAUAUGCAAUGAUAAAACGAUCAAAUUGUCCCUUAAAAUAACCAUUUCGUGACAUUUGCAUGCAAUGUGGUAAUUACAGAUUGAGAUAAAGAAAUGAUUACCUGUCUUAAUAUGUACGAUUCCUCCAGUAAGCCAAAUAUUUACGAACUUGAGUCCAUCAUUUUGCAAAAUACUUCUCAAACUAUCAAUUUAUGUAACCGUCUAAUGAACUAGACACAACACUGACGAUAACUGUCUCUUGUUAUCACUGAUAGUAUUAACUAAUUCCAUCCCAUGUUUUCAAGCCAUGCGGGGAUUUAAUAUCUUUAAAAUUUUACAAAUAAAUCAAUUUAAAUUGACGAAUUGGAAGACGUUCGCCAAUUUUGACGAGCCUUCUUCGCAUAAAAUAAGA